CUUGACACUCAGAGAGAGCUAGCAACAUAGCUGCAAACCACAUUGCUUCGCAAUUCCUUUAAAGUUAUUUUAUGAAGAACCUUUUUGGAGAAUGCUAAGAAAGACAUGAACAGUGCUGUUUUACAGGUUAGUAAAACCGUCAUGAACGUGGAUCAGAACUCAUCUACAGAAGAUGCCCUUAACAUAUUGAACACAACCAUGGAGUUUAGCACAGUUCGAUCAUUGGAACCAGUCCCUAAAGAAUUCCGCUCUGCAGCCCUGGUGUUCUACUGUGUCAUUUUCACCAUUGGCGUAGUGGUCAACAUCACUGCAUUAUGGGUGUUUGCCUUGACCACCAAGAGGAGGAACUCAGUCUCGGUCUACAUGAUAAAUGUGGCAAUAGUGGAUCUCAUCUUUAUCAUCCUUCUCCCCUUCCGGAUGGUUUACUAUGGCCUGGACCACUGGCCAUUCGGAGACAUCUUCUGUCGGGUCAGUGCAGCUCUGACCGUUUUCUAUCCCUGCAUGGCCCUCUGGCUAUUCGCCCUGAUCAGCACUGACCGCUAUGUGGCAAUUGUUCAGCCUAAACACAGCAAGGAACUUAAGAACAUCCCCAAAGCCCUGUUGGCAUGCAUCGGGGUUUGGAUCAUGACUCUGGGUAGCACCAUCCCCUUGCUGUUCCCUGACCAUGACCCGGAUCAAGUCUCCAACUUCACUACCUGCACCAAGAUGCGAGACAUUAUCCACCUACGACCGGACAAUCCUGUACACUUUGUGCGUCUAGUCUUUUUCUUCCUGGUGCCCAUUUGUAUAAUGAUCGGUUGCUACGUGGUGAUCGUGGAUAACCUCAUCCAUGGGAGGACAUCCAAGCUUAAACCUAAAGUCAAGCAGAAGUCCAUCAGGAUUAUCAUCACGCUCAUAAUCCAGGUGCUGGUUUGUUUUGUGCCCUUCCACGUUUGUUUGAUCAUUCUCUUGUUGGAAGGUGGGGAUGGAUUGGACUACAGUACGUGGGGGGCAUUCACAACAUUUCUGAUGAACCUGAGUACAGUGUUGGACAUAAUUCUCUACUACAUUGUUUCAAAACAGUUCCAGGAUAGAGUGAUCAGUGUCAUACUGUACAGGAACUAUCUGCGUAGCGUGCGGAGGAAGAGCAUACGCACACAUACAGGAAGUGUGAGGUCUCUAAGUAAUUUAACCAGCGGAAUGAUCUAAAUGUGGAACCAGGGACUUGUGCUUGCUUUCUGUUGCAUUUUUUAAAAUAGUUAACUAUGAAGUUGGAUUAACAUGGGGAAGCAGAGGUAGUCAAAUGAUCAAGAGCCAUGGAUCAUUUAACUAAAUGGUGGUUCUAAUCCCUGAGCUGACAUGGUGAAAGACACUGUCGUUAAGUCUGAGCAAGAUAGUUAACCAUAAUUGCACCUAGGUUGUUGUUGUAAAUAAGAAUGUGUUGUUAGCACACUUACCUGAUCAAUUUACGAUUAAAUAAAUACAGUAAAAUUUACUUCUAACCUUUGUAUAAAUACUUGUUUUUCUAUAACAUCUAUGUAAAAAGAAAACCUUAAUAAAACUGAAUUGAUUUCAAUGUACGGGAGAAUUGUUUUAACAUAAACAUCUGGUCAUGGUCAGGACUAACUGAAUUACCCCUCAGACUACUAUACAACACAUGUACACAUCAGAUGAGACAGGGUUGCUGUCAAUGUGUAUUUGUCACUGUUAAAGUACAGUAAGAGAAUUUGUGAAUAU